AUGUCGAAAAUUGACCGUAUGAUGAUCCAGGGUGUCCGUUCCUUUGGCCCCGAGAAAGGCGAGACAAUCCAGUUUACUGCACCGCUCACUCUCAUUGUCGGCUGGAACGGCUCCGGAAAGACGACCAUUAUUGAAUCGCUCAAAUAUGCAACCACUGGCGACCUGCCCACGCAAAGCAAAACCGGUGGUGCCUUCAUCCACGACCCCAAACUGCGCAACGAAAAAGAGCUACUUGCCCAGGUCAAGCUCUCGUUCCGCUCUACUUCCGGUGUGCGCAUGGUCGUCACUCGCAACCUCCAAGUCACCGUCAAGAAGAACACUAAGAGCCAGAAGACACUAGAAGGUUCGCUGCUUAUGGUCAAAGACGGCGAGAAGCACUCCAUCUCCACUCGCGUUGCCGAACUGGAUCAGAUCAUCCCUCAGUAUCUUGGUGUAUCCAAAGCUAUCCUAGACAAUGUCAUCUUUUGCCACCAGGAAGAUAGUUUGUGGCCUUUGAGCGAUGCAAGCACUCUCAAAAAGAAGUUUGAUGAGAUCUUCGAGGCUAUGAAGUACACAAAAGCCAUCGAGAACAUCAAAGGCAUCAGAAAAGACCGGAACAUCGAACUAGGACAGCUGAAUAUCAUCGAGGCCAAUGCCAAAGAGGACAAGACCCGAGCAAAGAAGAGUGAGGACCGACAGGCCAAGUUAUUUGACGAGAUAGAGAAGCUCCGAGACAUGUACACCGACCUGGACGCAAAGUGUACCGAGGCUCAGCAAAAGGCUAGCGACUCUUACAAUCAUGCUGCACGGUUCGAACAGAUCGUUGCGCAGCUAGAAGCCAAGCGCAUGACCCUCAACAUCAACAAACAGAACGUGGCCGAACUCCAAGAUAGUAUGAAAGAGUUGGGCGAGUCUGAUGAGGAGCUUCAGAGUAUGCUGGACCAGUAUGAAGAGCGCGUUGCUACCUAUGCCACACAGGUUGCGGAGCUGAAAGAGGAAUAUCAUGAAUUCAAACAGCAUUUGGAGCAGAAUCGCGGUGCUCUAGGGGCAAAACAAAGUGAGAUUGGAAAAUACGAGGCGCAGAAGGAGCAGCAUGAGCGUCAAAUGCAACAGCGUGAGAACACCAUCAAGGAAGCCGCUAAGCGGCACGCUAUUCGAGGUUUCGACUAUGACAUCACAGAGAAACAGGUACCCGAGUUUCAGCAGAUACUGAGCAAGAUGUCGCGUGAUCAAAACAGAGCCCUCGAACGAGCUCGAGAAGAGACGCAACGGGACCUGCGUGAUGCUCAGGGGGUUCUCAACAAGCUCAACACGCGCAAGUCGGGACUCAGCCAGAGCAAGGAGGCUGCGCGCAGUCAAAUUAUGACUAACGACAAGCGCAUCUCCGAACUUCAGAGGACCAUGAACCAAAUCAAGGCGGACGAAGGCAGCGAAGCCAUCCUUCAGGAAAGGAAACAGGAUGUAGAGAAGCAACUGCAGGAUGCAACAGCUGCGUCCGCUUCCGAACGCUACGAAGAACGUAUAUCGGAAGCUGCCAGAAACUUACAGACACUUGAAGACCGAAAAGAGCGCCUGACGGCUGAGUUCGGCGACGCAUCAAAGCAAGCACGUGAAUCUGCCUCCAUUGAUGUCAAGCGAGAGGAGUUAGGGAGGCAGCAGCACAGCUUGGCAACCAUGAAGAAGGUCCACGGCAAGCGUCUUUCCCAGCUUGUUGAUUCUGAAUGGGACCCCGCUACCUUGGAGGCGACCUUUCAGCAGGUGCUCUCAGAGAAGGCCGGCAAAGUCAAGGAAGCUGCUUCUCGCCGCGACAUUGCACAGACGAAGCUGGACAAGGUCAACUUCCAACUGUCAAGUUCAGAGUCACAAGCAAAACAGAAGCGCAAAGAACUGCAAAAGUACGAGACCAAGGUAAAAGAGGCUAUCCAAAAAGACGAUGUUUCGGAUUUCGAUGAAACCCUGCAACAACUUGAGGAGGAAUAUGAAGCAAGUUCCUCGGACAAGGCAAAGUUUGAUGCACAGAUUGACUACAUGACCAAGUGUUUGGAAUCCGCCGAGAAGCAUAACAUCUGCCGGCUUUGCACAAGGAGUCUUCACGAUGACGAAGAUGAAGACUUUACGACGGCGGGCUUCAUUAAAAAGUUGAAAGACAUCAUCGCGAAGGCGAAAAACACCAUGCAAGCCGACAAUGCCGACGAGAUUUUCGCCGAGCUGGAGGCCGCUCGAAAUGCUAAACCUAGCUACGAGUUGGCGACUCGUCUACGACAAAACGAACUCCCUGACAUCCAGAAGACCAUCACCAACCUGGCAUCGGAACGCGAUACCCUCAACAAGCAGCUCGAAGAACAGGAUGCCGUUAUCCAUGACCUGGAGGCCGAGAAGCAAGAAGUCGAAGCUUUGUCAAAAGAAGUGCAGAGUAUUGUUGGCUACUACACUCGGGUUCAGGAGCUUGAAGUUGAGAUCAAGGAACUUGCACAAAAGCAAAAGUCCGCUGGACUAUCACGGGGUAUUGAUGCAAUCCAGUCCGACCUGCAGCAGGUCUCCGACGACGGCCGCAGUGCCAGGAAUACGCUAGACCAACUUGUCGCUGCCCGAGACAAGGCACGCAACCUCAUCACGUCCCUGGAGUUGAGUGUGCGUGACAUUAAUGCAGAGCUGCACAACGCACAAUCCAAGUUGAAAGAGAAGAGAGCCCUUGCUGAGCGGAUUGAAGAAUUCAAGAGGGAGAAUAACAACCAGCGAGAAGCAAUGCGCAGCUUGGAUCAAGAUAUGGACAACAUCAACCCUGAGAUUGAGCAGGCACAGUACAAGUACGACGAUAUCAACCGCCGGGGCAAUGACCGCGUCCAUCGCACCCAUGAUGAAGCUUCCAAGCUCUCCGAAAGUCUCCGCCAGCUUGAAAAGGCGAACGAAGAGAUUAAUGCUUACAUUAGUCGUGGCGGCCCACAGCAGCUCGAGCGCACGCAUCGUGAUAUUGAGAAUCUACAAGGCGAAAUUGUACGCAUCGAGACAGACAUGGUAAAUCUGACGAGGAAGAUUAAGAAGCUCGAGGACACUAUGCGCGACACCGACAUGAGCAGGCGUACGAUAACUGAAAAUCUACGCUACCGAAAAGCGAAACGCUCCCUCGAGACUUUGCAGAUUGAAAUUGAAAAGCUUGAGGGAGAAGGGGCUGAGCGCGACAAGGAACACUACGAGCGAGAGGCCGAGCACUGGGACCUCAAGUACCGCCAGCUCAACAUUGACAAGACAGGUGUCGAACGCGACAUGAAGAACAAGGACGACCAGCUUACCGAGCUUAUGGAAGAGUACAGUAACCUCUACAAAGACUCUGCGCAACAAUACCGCGAGGCACAUAUCAGGGUGGAAACCACCAAAGCCGCCAUUGAGGAUCUGGGACGCUAUGCUGGUGCACUUGACAAGGCCAUCAUGAAGUAUCAUACGCUCAAGAUGGAAGAGAUCAACCGCAUCCUCGCCGAGCUCUGGCGCAAUGCGUACCAAGGUACCGACGUAGACACGAUCCGCAUUGCAUCCGACGGUGACGGCAAGGGAAACCGGGUCUACAAUUACCGCGUCGUCAUGAUAAAACAAGACACAGAGAUGGACAUGCGAGGCCGAUGCUCCGCUGGUCAAAAGGUCCUGGCUUCCAUCGUCAUUCGAUUAGCUCUCGCAGAGUGUUUCGGCACAAACUGCGGUCUUAUCGCGCUCGACGAGCCAACGACGAAUCUGGAUCAACAGAACAUCAAGGGUCUUGCGGAGUCCCUGUCUCAGAUCAUCCAGACGCGCAGGAAGCAGGCCAACUUUCAGCUUCUGGUCAUUACUCACGACGAGCAGUUUCUGCGUGAGAUGAACUGCGCUGAUUAUACCGAUUCUUACUGGCGUGUUGGCCGGGACGUGAAGCAGGAGAGUUAUAUUGAGCGUCAGAACAUUGCGGAGGUGACGUAA